GUCUUUGAAACAGAUAAAAUUGUUAAAAUUGUAGGAAAGAAGAGUUUUCAAACGUCAAACUUGUCCGACGGAAUUCAUCUCUUCCAUUGGACUCACCUUGGCAUGUAGGAAAAAAUAUAAAAACGAAAUCGUGAAAUAAGCUGUCGAAUCAUAAAAUAGGGGUACAUGAGGAAUAAGCUGGAACAAUAACAGGGUGAUUCGAUCGACGAGUUAAUCGAUCUUCAGGGGUUUUCAAGUGAUCCCUAGCACGCGUCCAAUUAUUCUUCAAGCUUGUCGAAAGUGUCGGCAGUCUAAGUAGUAUACAUUGAAAUAAAUCGGACACGGAGAAGGAAAUAAAGCCGUUUCGAUAUUCGCUUGAACGAUUAGAGUUUUUUUUCGAGGAAGGGAAGGGAAAUAAAAAGUAGAAGAAAAAGAAGUUGAGAAUUCGUCGGACGAUCGUAGCGGAAGAAAGCGGAGGGAAGUGGAAGAGGAUAAAUAUUUCGGUGAAUAGUCUAACUGAAGGUAGUGCUUGCCACGUGAAACUGGUCGCUAUUUCGCCGGGCUAGACGAGCGGCAAAAGCUCGAAACCCCCUGGUUUCCCGCGCACAGUACGAGCGAAGCACACACAACUACCCCGACCAACCAACCGACGAGCCGAGCCGCCGCCACCAACCCCUACACACAACAACCCAACGAAGCAUCCCCCACUCUGAAUCGCACAACAGCCUGAGCGGAAGUGCUAGUCAGUCGGCGAGCGACCUUCCAACAUUACGGGUUAGGUUCCCUCUUUUUCCGCCCGUCGUGUCUUCAUCCUCGUUUGUCUGAACGCGGGGACAAGCUUCGUUGCGGUUCGCGUCAACGUGAAAGGGAGAACGGAGAUAGUAAGAGAAAGAGAGAAAGAGAGAAAGAGAGAGAGAGAGAGAGAGAGAGAGGGAGGGAAAGAGAGAGAGAGAGAGGGCGAUCACGCGAGAAGAUACGUGUCAUCUCGAGAAGGAGAGACUACGGGGGGUUGCCGUCGCUUCAUUCAUUUUCUAUAAUAAAUCGUCAACCUGACGAUUACUCUCAACGACAUCCGCCGCAACCGCAUUUGAUACGUCCGUAGAAAAUCAGGAAAGAAGAGAAUACGAAGUGGAAAGUAGUAUAACGAGUAAAGGGAAAGGAAAAUAUAUAGGAUAAUGUCAUUUUAACCGGAUCCCUCGUUUCGCUGAAAAAAAAAAUCAAUGCGAUAUUUCUCACGAUCGAUCAGCUAGCAAUUAAAGUGUAUUUCUACUACUAUUAUCGAUCAUCAUCGAUCCUUCCUCGUACACGCCUACCGGUAUAUCGAAGUACAACGAAUAGCGAUCGUCUACGAUUUAUUAUUUUCUUUAGGAACGCGUGUGUUACAUCUCUGUGCGAAUAUAAACGAUAGACCUAGAGAUCUUUGGUUAAUUGUGAUACGACACAUUUGCAUACCGAGAAUACAUCGUCCAAGAGCCACCUGUUCGCGAGAGUGAAAUCGACGAUCGACGAGAAUUCCGAGAGAGGAAGAUCAUUACGCGCGAUAGCCGAUUGAAAUGGUGCGAGGAUAAAAAAGUGCCGCUAUUGUGAACGGGAAGGGAGGAUCGCGAUAAAUCGUUGUUGUGUACUUGUUGAAACGCUCGAGCACGUUACUUUUCCUUUAAUACUCCGAUAACUGUUUCCUAUUCGAAACUCGUGUUGGCGGUAUAGUUGAAGAAAGUUUUCCACAGUAGAGAGAAAUCGUAGUCCUAGCAAGAGAAAGAUCGUAAACGCGUUCGCGAGGAGGACGUUCUUCGUACUCGCGAAGUUUCCGUUCGCCGACGCUUCUCACACUGCCUCUUCCGGAGAUUGCGAUCGGAAGUUACCCCAGCUCGACCACGUGGUUAUGAGUAAGCAUCAGAGGCGCCGUGACUUCUCCCGGUGAACGCACACGCUUAGCUGCUCGUCUACAUUUCCGCUCAGCCGAACAACGACGACGACGUCUAUAAUACCUUUGCUACUUUUCGAUAUCGAUACGCUUGAAAUUCGUCGGAUCACUUUUAUCGCGAUUAACAAAUUUGUGCACGACUAUUGAUCGUCGAGCUCGAUUCUUCGCGAAUUUAAUUGACGCGUCGAAAGGUAUCCGAAAGAUUCGAUUUUGUCGAAGCUGGAAAUAAGUAGAAAGUUUCAUUAAUAGUGAAAUAAACGUAAAGAAAUCGCGCGUAAGCGAUCGAAGGUGAUCGAGUUGGGAAGAAAAGAAAGUAGCAAGAUCCCAGCCGCGGGGGAUCCCGAAAGGAAGGAGGGUCCAGCUGAGGUGGUCCAGUCCGGCUCAACGAUCGGUGUCAGGAGGCCGAAUCAGUCAGGCAAUUCAGGAGGGUGGGUGCAGUGGUGCAGUGGUUGCAGGAGGGCCAGCGAGGUUGGGGUGGCCUCGUCUACAGGCGCGUUGGCACCGAGCACACCGGGCCCCGGGGCUGCGGUGGUGGGCUGCCUGCUUGGGGUGUACCCGUGUUCUCCCUCCUCCACGGGGCCCAGGGGGCCCCUAACUCAUCACCACCUUCAGGCUAUCCCGGCACCACAACAAACGAUCGGCUGCCGUGCCUGUUGCUGUGCGCAUACCAAUCACCAACCUCCUUCGGUCCAGCUUACUAGCCAACGGGGCGGCCUAUCGCUGAGGGUAGCGAGGGUGGCGUCCACCACCUCCGUCCGAGCCGCCCCCUACGCCCACCCCCAGCACCAAGGGCUGGGGCAGGAGUGCAGGUGUAGGGAGGAGACGGGGGCAUUGGGUGGAGGUGGUGCGCACAUCCUCGGCAGCCCGAUGCUGUUCGUCCCGUUCACGGUGCCCACUUUCCCUGCGACGCACCAUCAGACGACUCAUCCUGCGCAUCAGACGCAUCAUCAACAGCUGCAGGCCACCAGCCAGAAUCCGGUGCAGCAGCCGCAGCAGCUCAACCAGCUGAAUCAGCUGAGUCACCUGAAUCACCAGGGCAUCGUGCCGGCAACAACCAAUCAACCAACUGUACACAGCACCAGCUGUUCGCCGCAGCAACAAGCAACUACACCGAACAAGGUAAGAUCGGCGAUUCGUGGAAGAUGAACCCCAUCUACAAACACGAUUCGUACUCGCAACAACGCGUGGAGUUGUCCAUCUUAAUUCGCAGUAAGAUGACCGAUAAAGGAAUGCUCGCGAUGAUCACCAGGACUUAUCGGCCGCGAAGGUACGCGAAGGAAAUGAAAGUUAACUGGGCGACAUCGCCGGGCAACCAACCGAAGCAGGACACCAGCAAACACUACCACAUAUUCGUAGGAGACCUGAGCCCGGAGAUCGAGACGCAGACCUUGAGGGAAGCCUUCGCUCCCUUUGGCGAGAUCUCGGAUUGCAGAGUCGUCAGAGAUCCACAAACCUUCAAGUCAAAGGGCUAUGGAUUCGUGUCCUUUGUCAAAAAAGCGGAAGCGGAAAUCGCCAUCGGUACCAUGAACGGGCAAUGGCUCGGUAGCAGAAGUAUUCGAACGAAUUGGGCGACUCGCAAGCCGCCCGCACCAAAAUCUGAAGCGAACGCAAAGCCGCUAACAUUCGACGAGGUAUACAAUCAAAGCAGUCCGACCAACUGCACAGUUUACUGCGGCGGUCUGACCAAUGGUUUGACGGAGGAGCUCAUGCAGAAGACGUUCUCACCGUUUGGAUCUAUCCAGGAGAUUCGUGUAUUUAAGGACAAGGGAUACGCCUUCAUCAGGUUUUCCACCAAGGAAUCGGCCACGCACGCUAUUGUGGCGGUACACAACACGGACAUCAAUGGGCAGACGGUGAAAUGCAGCUGGGGAAAAGAAAGCGGAGAUCCCAACAAUGCUCAACAAACUGGACAGGCGUUAUCGUCGGCGACGUACCCAUACUAUGCGGCGGCAGCAGCUGCCGCCGCGGCGGCGGCGGGCGUCGCGGGUGUCGGAGGCGUCGGUGGCGUCGGGGGUGCCGGCCAGCUCGGCUACUGGUAUCCGCCCCAAUCUUACCCGACAACGGCAACGCAGAUGCAAGCCGGUGGUUUCCUUCAGGGAAUGCAAGGCUAUACUUACGGUCAGUUUGCAGGAUACCAGCAGGCGCAGUAUAUGGGAAUGGGAAUGGGUGUCCAUGCUGCUGGCACGGCAGCUGGAUGGGGCCAAGGAUUACCUGGGGGACCACAGUUACCACCGCACCACGCUACGACGGUCACGGCACCCCCAGGGGUUCAAGCCGCACCCCCGCCUCCACCACCCCCGGCGCAAAUGAUGGCCUAUCCGAUGCAACAGUUCCAGCUAGCGGAUGAGGACUGGCUGACGCCUAGCCUUCUAGUGUGAUGGUAAGCAAGUACAUCCCACCGACAGGAACAACUUCUAAAGCAACAACAUUUACCACCACCGACAGCAACAUCAACAUUUCCGUCACCAUCGACGCCACCGCGACAGCAAAAGCAGUAAAAAUCGUGCCGCUUCCGGCCUGACGUCUCGCGACACGAAGGGCAAUAAAGGUCGAGAAACGAAUAUAAUAUUAGCUUAGCAAAACGUAGAGAAAAAGGGGGAGGGGCAGGGAAUAAGGUUGAUAGAAAGUGAAAUGUAGAGAGGAGGAGAUAGAUGUGAAAGUGGAAGGAGAGAAGGAAAUAGAAAAAAGGGGGAGGGGGAGAGGUAAGGAAAGGAACGAAGAAGAUACAAAAGCCGUGAUAGAUUUUACGCAAGAUCCUUCCAUCCUUAACUACCCCAUUACGAAUUUCCACUCAUCCUCCGUCGAUUUUAAUUGACUCGAGCUUGUAAAGGAGGAGAGGGAUAAAAGAAGAAGAAGAUGAGAAAACGAACGAAAGAAAAAAAAAAAAAAGAUAGAGAAGAAAUUCCGCUGUUGUUGAGCAAUCGGUGACGACAGACAUCCUCUCGCGUUAGUCCGCAAGAGAUCUUAGUCUAUUUCUAGUCUCAAAUAAUUUUAGGUAGUGUCUCGCCGUGUCACGUUAGUGUCAAGCGCUUAAGCACGAAAACACACGAGUUCUCGGAUGCACGGACCAACCAAACGCGUUCGCGCAGCAACAGUUGUCUUAGUUUUACUACACAACGGCCGACUUUAUGAAUGCACAACGCACGCACGCUUGUCGAAAGAGAAGAAAAGAGAGAAAAAGAGAUAGAGAUAAAGAUGAAUCAAUCGCUUAGGUUAUGCACGCGCACGCGUCUACGAUCGUGCGAAAUCGAUCAUCCAAAACUAAUUAGUCUCGUCUCCCUGAUCGCAUCUAUAUACAUACAUACAUACCCCAUUCCCACCCUUAUCACUUAAUCCCCUUGCGCUGUGUAUAGUGCGUGCUUUUCGAAGAAAAAUUUUUUCCAAAUGGACCCUUUCGUCCUAUAAGAAAGAACAAAGUGGGAAAGGUAGAGAAUCAUCGGAUACCGAUCUGUUUCGUUAUUUUUAUAGUUUUGGGCAUAAACGCGAAUAGAGAAAGAAAGAAAGAGAAAGAGAUAUGUGUGUAAUCGAUAAGAAACUCGAACUCGCACCGCCGUAAGAGUGCGAAGUAAUCUUUUUAAUUCACAGUGUAUAAAGACUAGGUAAAAAAAAAAAAGAAAGAAAGAAAAAAGAAAAUUGUCGAGAAGUAUCGUGAAUUUACACGAGAAGAGAGAGAGAGAGAGAGAGAGAGAGAGCGAAAGAAAGAGCGAGAGAGAGAGAGGAAGAGAGGAAUAUAUAAAAAGAAAAUUAUUAUAAACGAAAUCCAACAAGUAGCUAGUUAGAUAGGUAUAUUAUAUUACAAAGUUGCUCGACGGACGAUUCGAAAUUCGGCGGCAAAGCGGAGGCGAACUUUUUCCGAUUGAAUCCACGAAUAAACUAAACGACGAUGAUUUACGCGUUUUUAAUACUGCGCGCGAUCACUUACGCUCGCAACCUCCGAUAAAAUAACUCUUAAUAAACAAAUGCUAUUGCGAAUCAGUACAACCAAACGUACUCUUUCUUAACUUUUACAAGAGAAAGGGAGAGAGAGAGAAAAAGAGAGAUAGAAAAAGAAAGAGAUAGAGGGAUGGGGAGAAAGAAUAAAGGAGAUCAGUUUGCCAGGUGCAAGAGCAUUUCAUACACGCAUGUGCAUUUAUACAUACGUAUUUGCUAGAACAAACUCGAGGCCAAAAAGACAAAUCAUCCGAGCGAGUCAUCGUAUUUAACAAAAUAGAUGAACAAAUAAAAAAAAUAAAUAUGUAGAGAAAGAAAGGGGGUAGGAGAGAGAGAGAGGGAGAGAGAGAGAGAGAGAGAGAGAACUUGUAAGAAAAAAACAUAAGAAAUGGACCGCUCAAUACUCUCGAAGUAUAAACAUUUUUAUUAUUAGUUCUCGUCCAAACCGAUCUCUGACAUUCGACGAGACAAGUAUUUUUAUAAAAGGAUCGUCGGUGUGCGAGCUUCGGGUCUCGCGACGCUCUCGAUCGUCACGUCGUCGUCGUCGUCGUCGUCGUCGUCGUCGUCGUCGUUGCCGUCGCCGUCGUCGUCUUGCGGCCGGUCAAUCGCAGUAAUAACCCUUGGUGGUUUUUAAAUAAGCGUUAGAUUUUUAUAUAAUACUAAAGUACAUACAUAGAACCAAGCACUAACGAAGAAGAAUAAUAAGGAGAAGGAAAAAAAAGAAAUUAUGAAACUCGUGACUUUAAGGACACUUAAGCAAUAAACCGUUAAGCUUACAAAUGGGUAAAGAUUAAAAUAAUAGACAAAAUAAAAAAAAAAAAAAAAAGAAACGGCUUUAGCAAUCUCUCAGCCUCUCUGUAUAUCGCUCUUUAAAAAGAGAAGAGAAAUAAAGACGUUUUAAACUGGCGAACGGAAGUCGCGCAUUCUCAACAACGAAUGAAGGCUUUGUGAGGAGACACGGAGAAAGAAGAAAAAGAAGAAUCGACACACGAAUAUAUCCUCCGCGUGUAUUUAUGCAUUCCCCGCGUAAUUAAAUCCUCCGAACGAAUAAGAUAAAAGAAAAGGAAAAAGAAAAUAAGAAAAAAAGAAAGAAAGAAAAGAAAUGAAACACGGUUUCCAUGAUGUCCCGAAUUUCGACUCGGCUAAUUUAUAAAAGAAAAAAAAAAUGAACGAAUAUCGAGAUCGUCGGUUAUUGUAAUAAAGAUGGUGUGAAUAAUAACUAUGAUAAUCUGUAUGAAUGAACUAGUAUGUACGAUCGAAAGGAAGAGAGUAAGAAUGAACGAGCGAAAGCGUAAAAAGCGAUAACGAUGAAAUAUAUAUAAAUAUAAAUAUAAAUAUAAAUAUAUAUAUAUAUAAAUAUAUAUAUAUAUAUAUAUAUACAUAUGAUUGCACAAGCGAAAAAAUGAGGAUGAAUGAUGCGAGAAAGAGAGAAAGAAUUAAAUACAAUGCGUAGUUAGAAAUAUUGCACAAAACAGCACGAAAGUUACAUUAUAUAGUGGCAUUGAAUUUCCUUCUCGUGUACGCGCGUCGUGUCUAUCAUCGGUCCAGUAAGUAGUAAAAGAACGGCUGCCAUAAUCGAUUCGAAUUCUGUAUUUGAUCAUUUUUCGCAAUGGUGGUUGAAGUAAUAACGCGUUAGCAGAAAUUAAAAUAGUUGGACACAGAAGGUGUGUAUGCGUGUGUGUAUGUAUAUAUUUCACGAAUAGGUGGGUGGAUUGGGAGAGAAAUAAAGGGAGUAAGAGAAUAAAAGAGAAAGGGAGAAAGAGAGUGAAAGAAAGGGAGAAAGAGAGAAAGAGAUGGAGGUAGAGGGGAAGGGGAAGGAAAGAUUUUCGAUACUUGAAAAGGUAGAACAAGGCCGAAGUUGUAGAAACUCGUAGAACGCGAGCACCAUCUAUCUCCACGUUCCAUCUUUUAUCUCUCUGUCGCCUCCGCUUCCCUUUUGUCUCCUUUAUUUUUUGUCUUUUCUCUCUCUCUCUUUCUCUCUCUCUCACUCUUUCUCCCUCUCAUUUUUAAGCACUAACAGAGCGCGGUGCUCUUGCACCAACAAGAGCCACGCGCUCCCAACUUCCAGCAGCUACCCUCCCAGCCUAAGCUAUAUAUAUAUAUACGUUUCUUCGUGCACCGCGAAAUCCUCUCUUUGAAGCCGACGAUGAAAUCCGUGUUUGCCUAUCCCUCAGAAAUGAAACUGUCUCAUCCUGUAGGAGUGCGUCGAUGGAUAGAAAGUCCAUGAACUUUUCAGCGAAACAAUGAAUCAAAGGAACCGAUAUAUAGAGAAUAUAUAGAACGUACAUUGAAAAGAGAAGAAAAGAUAGAGAGAGAGAGAAAGAGAGAGAAAGAGACAGGGUGUUAUAGAGAAAUAGUGAGUGAGACGAAGGGAAUGAAUAGACGGAAAGAGGAGAUAAAGAAUGGGAGGGAUAGUAACGACAGACAACGAACGAUAGAUCACUUUGUUAUUAAUCAAAAGAGAUAGGGCAGAUCGUGUUUUAAGCGAAUCAAAAGCGUUCAACGUUUUCAAAUCAAAAGGACAAGAUGAUCAAAGGGUGAGGCGUAGCAGCAAUGGCAAGAGGGAAAGGAGGAGAGAUGUUUGCCUGGCGUCCGGAGACGCCCGGAAACGUAACUCCGAACGAACGAACGAACGAACGAACGGACGGACGAACGAUGAAAUCGAAGUUUUCGAGAGGUAACGUCGGUCGCGUUGUGUUACUCUCUCUCUCUCUCUCUCUCUCUCUCUCUCUCUUUCUUUUUCUCUCCCUCUUCACUCUUUUUCACCUUCUCUUUUUUUUCUCCCUUUUCUCUUCUCAUUUUUUUUACUCUCUUCUCUUUUCCAACCCUUCGAAUCGCGUCGGGUCGCGUUGAUGAAAAGCACGAUCCGCUUGGAAUUCGUAACGUUCACAGACGAAUAUUAAAGGGGGAAGAAAAAGAGAAAAGAAGAAAAGAAAGAGAGAAAGAGAGAGAGAGAGAAAGAAAAGGAUAGGUAGUGGAAUCCCGUUAACGCAUCGUUUCGCGGGCUUUAAACCACGUCAAGGACUUACGAAGAGAAAGAGAGAGAAAGAAAGAGAAAGGGAGAGGGAGAGAGAGGUGCAAAUGUCAGCUAAUAAUCCUAAGGUCCUCUCUCAACUGGCAGUGAUAAAUACAGCAGUUAUACCUGCCGUAGGAAAACGCGGAAAAGACCGACUGGCGCCGACGUGAUCUCGAUGCGUGUAACGUAAUUCGAUCGAUUUUGUUUCAUUUUAUUUUCUGUUUGUUUUUAACAAAAAUAUCCGAUGUAACUUUUUGUCAGACGAUAUCACGUAUCGUUAAAUCGAUUAGAGAGACGUCCAAUUCGACGGACGUUUGAGGAAAAAUUUUUUAACGAUUAACAUCGAAAGAAAAUUUCUCUUUUAUCCCACCCGUCGUAUAAUAUAAUAUUCUAGAAGCGCCUUAUGUGGACACGGCGCGAACGCAUUGAGAAGGAGUAACAAAAUGAUAACAAAAAUAUAUAUAUAUAUAUAUAUAUAUACAUACAUCAUACCUGCGCACAGCGGCGAUGAUGAAAGCUGUUAUUUUGAAUCGUCGCGCGUGAGCGAAGCGCGCGCGUUGUGCGUGGUGGAAAUAAUAGAUAGAUAGAUAGAUAGAUAGUUCAUAAGUCGAACGAGGAGACAUGAGAAAACAUAAGGGAGAAGAACAAAAAUCAUGUACAUUAUUAGUUAGGCGAAAAAGAAAUAAAAAAAAAAUAUAGGAUAUUUUUGUGAAAAGUGGGACGAGAUAGAGAGAAACAGAGAGAGAGAGAAAGAGAACAAACGUAACGUUUGUGCGACGAAUCUCGCCAACAAUUUAGUGUAAUAAUUAAAAAAAAAAAAGAAAAAGAAAAAAAAGAGAAAAGAACAAAAAAAAAGGAAAGAACGAAAAAAAUGAAUAAGUAAGAAAAAUCUUCUAACGAAAUUCUAUAUCUCGAAAGUGCUCGUAAGGAUCAGAAGGACUAAAGGGAAAACUUUAGUCUUUCUUACGUUUCCUUGAUUUUUUUUCCUUCUUCCCUCAUCGCGAAUAAAAAGGUCUCACUCCCUCUCGACGAAAACGCGUCUCGUUGCGCCUCUCGUCUCGAUUCCACUUUUAAGAUGGAGUUCCCCGGGGCCGGAUCUCUUUCAAAGAAUCAGCGGGGAUGACUCGUCCUGUAUAAAAUGUUUUAAGAAAAAGGCGCCUUAAACAAUUGAGGUGUGUAUAUUAACUUUAAGCGUAGUAGUCUCGUACUGUUGUCUAGAGAGCGAGAGAGAGAGAGAGCAAGAGAGAGAGAGAGAGAGAGAAAGAGAGAAAGAGAAAAUGCGAGAGAGAGAGAGAGAGAAAGGAUACCGAGUGAAGAAGUUAGCCAAGUAAGUGGACGCCCACCAAAGGGGAAACCAAAAAAUGUAGUGUAUAAUAAAAAUAAAGUGAUAAGUAGGUAAUUUUAACUUAAGCUAUGCUAGAGAAAUGUUAAGGAGGCGGAAGAGUGUUAGUGAAUAAUGUGAAUGGAAAGAAGGGACGAAGGGUAUAAGAAAGAUUUCAGAAAAGAGAAGAAUGGAGAAUACAAAGGAAAAACAAGGAGAAUACUUAUUAACAAAAGUUUUGUCCGAAGGAAGAGCAAAUGGAUAAAAAAGAUACGUGUAGGAGAGAAUUUGCGAAAUCCACUUAUGGUACCUAAGACUUAAGGACGGCGAAGCGUCCAGUUACAAUGCGAACAACACAAAUAGCCAUUACACGUUUGAAGGAACACGCGUAAUCUUUACCAAUACAUACCUAUAUACACAAUAAACACGCGCAUGUAAAUACACACGUUCGAAGGAGACACCUCGUACGCGCACCACUCCGUUAUAUAUACAGACAACAUAUACGAAUACAUAUACACAGAACAUACAAAUGAAACAGUGAAAAAAACAUCACACAACCUGUACAUCGUAGCCAUACGCGUAGAAAACGUAGCGGCGAGAGAAACUUAAACGAAAAACGCUCUAGACGUAGUGUCUAGCCUAGUCUAGCUUGUCGGUCACUAAGUUUACGAGUAAGAGGAAAAAAAAAGUCGUCACGUGAAAAAAAUAGCGCAGUAAGAAAUUAUAUCCUCAGAACGCAUACCAGAGCACCGUUACACCACGGCGUUACACGCACACGCGCACACGCGCACAAUAUUAACACGCGCCGCGGCUGCUGCCACCCUUCAACCCUCUAAUCGUUCGCCGGAGUCUCCACUCGGAUUCGGAGAUUCUACGAGACCCUUACAACGUGUCCGAUAUCAAUAUGAUUCUCGUCGUUCCAACGACGACAAUUUUUACCGUCGUCGUCGUUUAAGCUUUUCAGCAAGCUGCCGCUUCUGGCAUUUAUCGAAUCAUGACAUUUGCGAGUUACGAUGGAAUCUAAUUUCUUCUUCUUUUUUUUUUUUCUUUCCUCUUCAUCCCUCUCCUUCCUUAACCAGCAAUUUCAAUCCACUCUUUCUCUCUAUCUCUCUCUCUCUCUCUCUCUCUCUCUCUCUCGAUCAAUUCUUUAUAUUUCUUUCUUUGUAUCCUUUUUGCUUCGUCAUUCUUUAUUCCCUCCUCCUCCUCUUCCAAACUCUACAUCAUCCCUCAAUGGCAAAACGCAAUUCGAAAUCCGCUGGCACACGAUUCUACGCGUCGCAGAUUUUCUUCUAACGGAAACUUAUCGGGUGAUAGCCGACAAUCAUUGAAGAAACAUAACUUUAGAAAAGUCCUCUCGUUCUUUUCUCGUCGGGGAUAUUAUACGAUAUGUAUAUGUAUGUAGUAGGAAGUACGUGAUACGUCUUAGCGAGGAUGUUCCAUAAGAGAGAUCUACUAGUACCCUCGCAAAAGUUCCGUCUCGCUAGAUAAUCGAUAUGACAUUAUAUUUUAUAUUAAUUUAUCACGCACCAAAUCGUUCUCCGUUUAUCCGUCGUUAAUCGAUUAACAACUCAGCAGUAGCUCAUCGAGCUCUCCGUCAGAGAUUUUCUUAACGAUAUAAUAUGUAUAUGUAUCAACCUACUUAUGUGUAUAUAUCGUACGAAGACAAGCGAGGUGCAAUCGUCCUUUUCAUUAUUGUAUUUUUUUAUUAAUUAUACUUUACGAUAAGCGUAGAAUGUCUAUCCUGGUUGUCGUGUGCGUUUUUACUCAAAAAGAAAGAAAAAAAAAAGAAACAAACAAAAACAUAAGAAAAAAAAACAAAGGAAACGAUCUCCUUGUCUUUGUGAUCCAUCCGUUCCGGCCGAAUUCAAAAACAACCCUUCGAUGCUAGUAGUUACACUUUGUAAAGGGAAGGAAGGCAGCAGUCAGGCCAGUUGGUAAAUACUUUAACCGAUUCGCGGAGUUACCCCGAGUAAUAAUGCUUAGAAUUUAGUGACACGAACGUUUUAAAUGAAACGAACACGAUUUCAAGAAAUAAUGCAGAACAUUGCGAAUGAAAACCAAAAAAAAAAAAAAGAAAAAUAACAAAAGUAGGAGCCAUUAAGCAUAGGCAUAAAAGUAAUAUAUA